AUGCUCUCGAGUGCCUUGCCCUCUGUGUCCCCUAGUGCCUUGCUCUCGAGUGCCUUGCCCUCUGUGUCCCCUAGUGCCUUGCUCUCGAGUACCUUGCCCUCUGAGCCUCCUAGUGCCUUGCUCUCGAGUGCAUUGCCCUCUAUGUCCCCAGCGGCCCUAACCUCCGUCUUCCCAGUGGCUCUGACCUCUGAGCCCUCAGAGUACCCAGCGGCUUUCACCUCUGGGCCCUCCAAAUCCCCUGUUGCUUUGACCCUGCCAGCAUCUGCCAGCCAUCCACUGAGUCCCCAGUGGUCCCAUGCUGCCUCGCUUGCUCAGCAGGAGCACUUGCACUUCUUCCAGUCGUUGACAGCAUACGAGUUAAACGUCCACAGAAUGAAGACUGUGCAGCUCUCAAUCUUCUAUCUGCUCUUGUGCUGUCCAGCUGCAGAGAGUUUCAAAGAUAAACUGGUGGUUUUAGGGCAAAACGUGACUUUAAACUGUGAUCUUGCUGUUAAAGAUGUUUAUUGGCUUUUCCUGAAACUGCCAGAUUCUCUAGAGAUGAUACUGCGAACUUUCUCAACAGAAUCUACAGUGCCUCAGUUUUAUAACAACAGAUUCAGAGACAAAUAUUCAACACUGACAUGGAGUCGUUUAUUUAUUAGUAAUAUAACAGCAGAUGAAUUAGGAAUAUAUUAUUGUGCAAAACUUCUACAGCUCGACAACGGCACCAGACUUUACAUCACUGAAAACAGCCAAAAUCAGACUGAAUCAGAAUUCAACAAUCAUCGUCAUCAUCAUCAUCCUCAGCAGAUUGUGACAGUCGCAUCCAUUGCAUUGAAUUGUGUGAUGUUUAUUCUAAUAAUAGGUCUGUUAAUGCUCAAAUUUAAGACGCCUACAAAAAGUCGACAACAAUGUCAGAAUGAUGAGCCAGUUCAGCUUGAGGACUUAAACACUGCACAGUAUUCUGAGAUCGAUUGCUCCCCAUAUUCCACGGCAGUACAGUCAAGUCAGAUCAACAGUACGUAUGUGUUUCUUCAAAAUCCAAAGCCAAAUCCUCAACACACACCAACUUGAGAACAGAUCAUCGUAACCUGCACCUUAUGAAAUUGUUCUCGAGGUGGUUUGGGGUUUUUUGCAUCUUCUGUGGGUUUUUCUGAUCUUGCAGUGACUGGCACAAGCAAAAAAAACAAAAAAAAACCCUGUCAGAUUUGAGUCUUAUAAAGGUCAUCACGUUUCCUGCCUCCAUUUGCAAUAAUCGUGGUACUUAUUUAAUCAUAAAAUAGACCAUUUGUUAUUCAGCAACGAAGUAAACAGACAACAUUAGAUGUUACAUUUUGAUAAUGGUUGACACGAAUCUUCCUUGAUGUUAUGUUUUUAAUUUAGUCGCUAAAUGAUUGUAAUCGUUUAUAUUUCCUAUGUGGUUCACUGUGCAGGAAAUAUUAUGUACGAGUACUACCCUGCUGAAAGACAAUAUUUAGACCAGUUUACGAUGGUUUGCUGGACUAAGAAGGUUUAGUUCAGGUCUCCUAGCCUGAUUUUCAGCUGGUCUCCUUAUAUGGCAUACCAUUAGUAUCAUAAACACUGUAAAAGGUCGAACUUAAUCCGCUUGGUUGCCAGCUUAUGUUGUGUACUUUGUAUAUUCAUGUUAAGUUCUCGACACAAAGCGUAUUGUGCCUUGGGGUAAAGGUUCCUUUUGAACUAUAAUUGGUGGUGGCAUAGUGGGCUAAAGCACGUAAAUGUUAAUCAGAAUGUUGCUGGUUUGAUCCCCACAGCCACCACCAUUGUGUCCUUGAGCAAGGCACUUAAAUUCAGGUUGCUCCGGGGGGGAUUGUCCCUGUAUAAGGGCACGUUAAGUCUCUUUGGAUAAAAGCAUCUGCCAAAUGCAUAAAUGUAAAUGUAAAUAUAAACCUUUGACACUAAUGCAUGUUUUACAGUAAUUGUAGCUGGUAAACAGUGUUUUGUGGUGGGCAUAUGAAAGAAUCACAUGAGGCCAGGCCACCCAAAUAACUCAUGUCAAGACGUUGCAUUACGCAACAAUAACCUUUUGAAACAUAACCAUGUUUGUGUCAUGUUAAGUUGGUAAGAUGUAACCCAUUUCCUGUUUCUGAAGCAAGAGAGCAACAUCAGCAAAAUGGUUACGUUCAUUAAAUCCAGUCAAAAGAUGAAUCCAGAAAUAGCAUUUUUCCCCCUCACAAUUUCUAAUAAAACUACUCCUACCAGCUAAUGCCAAGUUUCUGUACAGCAGGGCUAUUGAGGUUAACAUGUUUAUUUUAUAUUUAAGCUUUAUUGGUACUUUCAUUUUAGUUUUGUUUUCAUUAGAUUUCAUUCAAUAAGUCAGUUUUAGUUUUCAGUGUAUUGCACAUUAUAUUUCGAUUGUUUUUCAGUAUAUUUUGUUGUAAUUUUGGUUAACACUUUAAAGGUGCUGAAUGUAAGAUUGACAACAAGUGUUUGAAAUGGGUACUGCAGUCCAAAUUCAAAAUAUUGGGGAGUUGUCUGCCCCGUCCCAGACUCGAAGCUCAUGUGGGUUGCCUGAAUCAGGACACACAACUCAA